AAAUAUUAGUACUUUUUAUAUCCAAAAAAUAAAAUAAAUAUAUAUUGGUACUUUCCAAAUUGUUGCUUUUCCUUUUGCGUUAAUUUCAGAAACAGAGAGAAUGGGUGUUGUGAUAAUUGACGGCACCACCGUGAGGGACUUCGUUAGCGACGACGCACAGUUUAGCAAAAGCGUUGACGAGCAGUUCACGGCGUUGGACCUCAACAACGACGGCGUUUUGUCGCGCGCGGAGCUUCGCACCGCCUUCGAGUCCAUGAGGCUGAUCGAGUCUCACUUCGGGAUCGACGUGACCACCUCGCCGGAGCAGCUCACCCAACUGUACAACUCCAUCUUUGAUAAGUUCGACGUCGACGGCAGCGGCACCGUUGACCGCCGUGAGUUCCGCUCCGAGAUGAAGAAGAUCAUGCUCGCCAUAGCUGAUGGGUUGGGUUCUUUCCCCAUUCAGAUGGCCCUUGAAGAUGACGCUCAAAGCCUCCUUCAGAAAGCUGCUGAUCUAGAAGCUUCCAAAACCGCCACCGCUUGAGGCGGCGCUGUCUUCGCUCCUAAUUUGGAAAACUGUGUCGUUUGGUGUUGUAUGUGUAAAAAAAUAAAGAGGGUCAUUGUGUCUAGUUAUCGGUUUUUUUUUUUUUUGACUCCGGAUUCACAAGUUUGUUUAAACGGUCCAUUGUAGACACUUUCGUGCACCUGCUUAAAACAUGAACUUUAUAAUUCACAAGUUUCUUUUCUUUUC